AAACUUUAAAGAAGAAGAAGCUGAAUAGUGACAUCAGCGGUUCCGCUUUCUGCCGAGUGUUGUGUUGUCAUAUGUGAACAUGUCAUCGCACGAUAACCUGUCUCUCUGUCUAUGCGAUUUAAUGAGGUUAUUAUGGUCACUGCUGUUGCCUUCCCUCUAUUUGAGUCUUGUCCUGACAGCCAUCCUCUUCAUCUUCAUCAUGGGGGUCAGAGCCUGGCUGCAGAUGAAGAGGAAGACCAGGAGAGCUCAGGAUGACCAGCCUGCUGUGGCCUUCUUUCACCCAUACUGCAAUGCGGGCGGAGGUGGAGAGAGAGUGCUGUGGUGUGCUUUACGUGCUCUUCAAAACAGGUACCCGGAUGUUUCCUUUGUGGUCUACACAGGAGACCAGGGUGUCACUGGAGAACAGAUCUUAAAUGGAGCAAGGCAGUGCUUCAACAUCAUACUCCCUCGACCCGUUAAGUUUGUGUUCUUGAAACAUCGCCUCUUGGUGGAGGCGAAACUUUAUCCACACUUUACUCUUUUGGGGCAGAGUGUGGGCUCCAUCUUUCUGGGGUGGGAGGCUUUGACUGAGUUUGUCCCAGAUAUCUACAUUGACUCCAUGGGCUACACCUUCACCUUACCUGUGUUCCAUUACCUGGGGGGUUGUCACGUGGGAAGUUACGUGCACUACCCCACCAUCAGCACUGAUAUGCUGUCUGUGGUUCGAGAAAGGAAUCCGAGGUUCAAUAAUGCAGACUACAUUUCCAGUAACCCUGUACUGAGUGCUAUCAAAGUGAUUUACUACUGUGUUUUUGCACUGCUCUACGGCCUGGCUGGCUCCUGUAGUGACGUGGUCAUGGUAAAUUCCACCUGGACAUUAGGUCACAUACUGGCUCUAUGGCGCGCUCCCAACUGUACCAGUGUGGUCUACCCACCUUGUGAUGUUCAGGCCUUUCUGGACAUACCUCUGGAGGAAAAGGCUCAGGAGAAAGAAAACAAAAAGUGUCACUCUGUUGUCUCUGUGGGUCAGUUCCGCCCUGAAAAGGACCAUCAACUGCAGAUCAGGGCUUUCAGAAAACUUCUAGACAGGAAGGGGGUGGAGUCUGCUAGUGGAAAGACUCUGAAACUGGUGUUGAUUGGUGGAUGUCGUAACCAGGAAGAUGAAGACAGGGUACUGAUGCUUAGGGGCUUGUGCCAGGAGCUGGGCAUGGCAGACAGGGUGGAGUUUAAACUCAAUAUUCCAUUUGAGGAACUGAAACAAGAUCUUACAGAUGCCAUGAUCGGGUUGCACACAAUGUGGAAUGAACAUUUUGGUAUUGGUGUGGUGGAGUGCAUGGCUGCUGGAACAAUCAUUCUGGCUCACAAAUCUGGUGGUCCUAAGCUGGACAUUGUUGUGCCCUAUGAUGGUGGUUCAACAGGCUUCCUGGCAGAUGAUGAAGACAGCUAUGCAGAUGCAAUAGAACGAAUCCUUUCAAUGACUCCUGCUGCUCGGUUAGAGAUUCUGCGACGGGCCCGUCAGUCCGUCAACCGCUUUUCAGACCAGGAGUUUGAAGGCUCCUUCCUUGCAGCUGUGGAGCCUCUGAUGUCAACAUUGGUGCUUUGAGAGUGAGGGAGUGUGGGAGGGUACUCUCAGUCCUGAAUGACUAUAGAAAAUCAGCCCAAUAUUGUUCAGUCUAGUUCACAAGCUUGUGCUGGCCCCAUAGUGCUGACUGUUAAUCAUCCCAUUUCUAGAGCAGAAGUGAGGAAUUUAUACAGAUUUGUCUUGUAAACAUUGUUAAGAAACAUCACUAGGGUGAGGGAUGCAUCAUGGAAAAUACUGGUUGUUCUGCUUUAACAACAUGACUCAAUGCUUUGAAACAGUGACAUUUAAUUAAAUGUUUAAGCACUGAUUAGAAGGCAUUUGUUGUUUAUUGAAAAGCAAACAUAUUGUUCAUAUAUGUUUUUGUGUUAAGUCAAAUUAUAUGAUAAAUUAAUUAUAUAAUUAUACUUGUAAAUUAUAUUAGCUUUGUUUUGUCUCACAACAGCAGGUUUCAGAGGAUUUCACAACAAAACUACAUUGUAUUAAAAAAGCUAAAUAGUGCAUAAUCUUGAUUUACAUAUUGAUUUUUUUAAGACUGGUGUACUGGAAAUGCAACAAAAUGUUUGGAGAUUUCUCAAACUGAUGUCAAUUCUGGACGUUGUUUUUUUUAGCAGUGUUUCUGUUACAUUAUUCUCAUAUUUGUCUCCUACGCACAGCUGUUCAAACCUAAUACAAUAUCUAAACCACCUCCAGUAGCAGAUAAGAUUUUUUUCCAAGUGCAAUUUACUGAAACGCCAUAGAUUCUAGGUAAGAGAAGUACAUUGAGUCAACUAGACACAGUAGAAGAGAGGUCAAAUUAAACAGGCCAUAGUACUCAAGGGAGAUUAAAGUAAAACCAGUCUACAUGGGGUAGACAUCAUAAUUGUCCUUUUUUGUAGAGUUUGGGAGUUCCUGGUGAGAAUAAAUCCCUUUGACAGAAAAAUGUACUGACCAUUAUCUGAACCAAACUGAUUCUUUUUGAUCUUCACUUUAGAUUAAUACACACUCUGAAAAAAGGCUCCUUAAUGGUUCUUUAAAAAUAACAAAUGUUCUACCACAUCUACCUAAAGAACCAUUUUAUUUUAGGUUUAAAGGAAUCGUUCAGCCAAAAACGACAAUUGUCAUUAUUUACUCACCCUCAACCCAUAUGACUUUCUUCUGCAGAACGCACACAGACUAUAUAUAUAUAUAUAUAUAUAUAUAUAUAUAUAUAUAUAUAUAUACACUGGUGGCCAAAAGUUUGGAACAAUGUACAGAUCUUGCUCUUAUGGAUAGAAAAUAGUACUUUUAUUCAAUAAAGUGGCAUUCAACUGAUCACAAAGAAUGGUCAGGACAUUACUGAUGUAAAAAAACAGCACCAUCACUAUUUGAAAAAAGUCAUUUCCAGCAGCCAUCACUCCAACACUUUGUCCUUGAGCAAUCAUGCUAAAAUUGCUAAUUUGGUACUACAAAAUCACUUGCCAUUACGAUACACACUACAUAAAACAAAAAUGGGAAAUUGAAGCAAACUUAAAAGUGACGGAUGAGGAAUGGGAGGAUCUCACUCAACAAAUAUGGAGAGUGACAUCAUCCCUAACCUGGAGGGAACAUGGAUGGAAAAACUUAAUGAGAUAUUUUAGAACUCCAGCUCAGACAAAAUAUCGGGAUACAAUCUGUUGGCGGGGAUGUGGGGAAAAGAGUGCUAAUCAUGUUCAUGUUUUUUGGAGUUGUCCUUCGAUGGUGAAAUAUUGGAUGGAACUCAAACAAUGUAUGGACAAGAUUUUACAGAUUGAUCUACCUUUCACUUUUGACACACUUUAUUUGGGAAGACUUAAUAUGCAAGGUAAAAAGAAUCUGAAUUGUAAAAUGUUUAAAAUCAUGUUACUAGCAGGAAAAAAGGGAAUUACUAGGAAAUGGCUUAAGGUGGAAGCGCCAAGAAAGGAAAAUUGGGUUGAUGUGAUGCAUGAUAUAUACGUUAUGGAGAAACUGACUUCCACUUGUAGACUUGAAAUGGAUUCUUGAAAUUUAUUCGGCCAAUAAGAUCAGACUUUGUGUGAAAUAUAAUAUCUGAGGCUCUCCCCUGUUUUUGUUUUUGCUACCAUUUUGUUUGUUUGCUUUGUUUUUGUUUUAUUAUUUUUUUCAUUUAUUUAUCUUUUUGUUUCAUGGAAAAAAGAUGUAGUAGGACAAGAUAAAAAUGUUGUAUAA